CUCAUAGCACACGCAAUGGCUGCACGCUCUGCUGCAUGGAAAGCAUCCCAGGCCGAAAAGAGAAGAGAAGCCCGCCGUGAGCUUCGUCGACAACGAGGUUACGACGCCAGUGCUCAUAUUCGGAAAGAUGCAGAAAGGACCAGAGGUAGAGCUUCGGCUAAGACAAAAGAGAAUUACAAGCAGAGAGUACGCAAAUACGAGGAGUUCCUCAUCGAGGAAAGAAACAUGCCUAAGGGAUACAGGAUCGGAGAAGGCCACCCAGUUCCCACCUUGCAAGAUCUUAAAGCCUUCAUCCGUUGGCUUGUCGCCUCCACCAAAGGCAAAAUUACUCCUGAUGAACGACCUACUAUGCACACGAUCUUGAUCCGCGCGCAAGAGUUUGUCCCAGGCUUCUUCUUUGAAACCGGAAACGAGAUCUCUAAUCAGGACCGAAAGGACCUCUACUAUUGGAUCGAGCAUAAUCUGGUCGAAGAAGGUCUCCUCUCAACCGUCAGAAAGCCAAAGUUCAAUUUUAAAUUAGAAGACUUUGAGCGUGUCAUGACUACUCUCUGGUCUGCAGAUGACCCCUUUUUUAUGUCCGGGCGACAUCGUAUUCAAUUUCAUUUUGCCACCCUUCAAUUUCUCUAUACUGGCGCCCGAGUGUCUUCCUUCACGCCUCCUUUAGCAGAAAGAAAGGGCAAGGGGCUCCGUUACAAGAAGAAUAUUCAGCUUGUGUUGUUUCGUGCUCGUGAUGUUCCAUGGCGAGUCGGAUGGCGAGUCGAUCAACAAUUCGUCAAGAAUAAUAAAGACCCCGAAAAUACAAUGUUCGGUACCGCGCUCUGGGAGUGCGAUGAACCCAUAUACUCGGGAGCCUUAUAUCUCGUGGCCUUGGCCCUUGCAGACAAUGCACUUUUUGGCUUUUCCACACCGGAAGAAUUUUUCGAGCAGAGAAUCCCAGAAGGACAGAAUGAGUUAGUUCUCCGAUGGAAUGAUGAGGCCAGAGACCGAUGCAUCAUUCGAGCCGCAACCGCUGAAGGGGUCAGUGAAGACCCAUUGACCAAGGAGAGCUAUCAGGCCGAUUUUAGAAGGAUUAUGGCUGCUGCGUGUUACUAUAUUACUGCUACAGUUCAUGCAAUGCGCCGUGCCUUAGGUGCAGCCGUCGAAGAAAAGUACUCCCUGACACAUACUGCCCAGAUUCUAACACAGAAAUCUACGGCUGUCUUUGGAAAUAAUUAUCUCGCCGACUGUUCCAGCGUGGAUGCCACCAACACUGUUAGACGGAAGCCCGUCGAACAUACUCACGUGGAAUAUUUUCAAGGCUUCGGUCAGUUUCACGAGGCUGGUCUUCCACGUCGACUACCAUUCGAAGAGGAGCAGAGUAUUGAGGCAGAUCCACGCCUGCAAGCCAAAAUGAAGGAGCUUUGUGACGUAUUAGAUGAUGAGGAGUCUAAACGUAUACAUAAAGAACACAUGGUGUUGCGAAGAGAGAUUUACUCCAAAAGACUGCAACAAUACCAGAGUGAAUGGGUUCAAAGUCGACGUGAUUGGAAAAUUUUGACCAGAGGUCGCGAGCGGCCUGACCAGAAACAACAGGUUGCAGAGAAACAGGUGCUGUGCAAGCUCAUGCCUGAAUUGGGCCGAUUAGCGGCGGUCAUUUCAUCCAAUGCGCCUCUUUCAUUUGACGAAAAAGCCAGUGUGGUGAGAGAUCUCUACACCCAAUGUCUUCGCGACUUCGCUGUGGUCUACCGUCCGAAAGAAGAGCCCAUUCACGGCUGCUGUCCAGUAGCUAGUUGCGGUGUAUUAUUGGAGUCCAAGUCGAGAUCUGGGCGUAAUUCACAUAUCCAUGGUUGCCUACGACAAGAAUAUGCCCGUAGCACGGGAAUCCCGCUUCGACAGGUCAAGUAUUGUUGGGAAUGCUUUACCUUCCACGAUGGGAAAAGCAGUGAAUUCGAAGAGCACUGUGCGAAUCACCUUCCCUCGAUGACCAGUCAGCACUACGAGAUGAUGGUGUAUCGCAAUACCACCAUCCGUGCCGGGUACUGCAUUGAAUGCAUGUGGGAUGACCAGUGUUCCGCAUCCUGUCGAAUGAGAGCCUAUGAACGGAGUGACGAGCUGCGAGAGCACUUGCAAGCACAUAUCAGUAUCAGGUCGUGGCCCUCAGGAUGUGCCGACCCUUCCUGCCACUACACUUUUACGACAGAGCAAGACUAUCGCCGACACCUUCACGACGUGCACCGUUAUCACAAGACCAUUUGUGCGCCAACAGAAACUGUGCUCAAGAAACGGCCAUCAUCUGUGUUAGACGACAAGAUACGUCCGUGCCAAAAUCAGCCCAUACAGGAUAAGAAGCCACCUAAGCGCCAUAAGAACCUCUUCACAAUGUCACCACGGGGUGCGAAGGAGUUGGAGAUUGUUUUCUGGGACCCUCAUGCCGUACACCCGAAAUCCAUCUCAGCUCACGAGAGACUGCAGGCUUUUGCAUGUCAGGCUGAGAACUACAACAGCGCGGCUGUGGUGGGCGAAGACCAGAACUGCGCCAAUACCUUGUCGGGCAUAAUUGACACUCCAGAUCUCACAGAUAAUAGCAGCAUGUGCUCGAGUCCUUUCACAGUUAGCUCAGCCUAUACUGCGGUGGAGAUUGACCCACGGUUGUUAGAAAUACCGCCUCCCUUCUUGUUCCGGCCAAUUGAGAAGACUGAUCAACCUAAUGCGUAUAGCACCUGGGAGCAUGAAGAGAUCCAGGCUGGGAUCAUGCAGCUCGAGAUUGGGGACCUGCAUCAAAUGACCGAUAAUUCCUUGGAGCAGGAAAUCCCUGGCGAAGAUGUGGCUUCAUCCGAAAUGAACAUCAGGUCCGUUGAGCAGGCGUCGUCGUCUCUGACUAAGCUGGAUGAGGAGCCUGCCUCAUACUUGGAUCUCAAUGCAUCUGUUCCCGAAGUGGAGACAGCUCAUACUGUCCAAGGCGACUCCAGCAUGUGCCCUGCGGAAAGUAAAACUGUGGAGGUAUCGGGACUAACAGGGCCUGUGACCAGAGCGAAAGCUCGCGAGCAAGCGGCCAAAUCCCCUCGGAAUUCUACAAAUUCACAUAGCGUGAGGCGCAAAGCUUUGCCCUACAGUCGGGAAGAAGAUGAGCUACUCAAUUUGCUCAUGAGAGAGUUAGCUGCUUUCGACGCGGUGACCCCAGCCUUCCAGAAGCAUUUUCCUAACCGAUCGGCGAGUUCGCUUAAAAGACGCUGGUCUCUUAUACAACCGUCAUCACGGCGGUCGACUCGAUCAAGAAUAAUGAAAUAGCCGCAAGGAUGUCAUUAGAAUAUAUAUAGAACACGUUUAAUAAUCCUUCACAUUGAUAUCGACUGAAGAAUCUAGAACUUUGCUCGCCG